AAAUCCCCCUCCGUAUUAUACUCGCCCUCUGCUUCCUGCAAAAUCCCCCAAACCGGCGGCCGAUCCCCGCCGCCGCCUCUCCAUGGUCCCUCCCGGCGCGCGGGUAUGCGGCAUCGGCAAGCUCCGGUACCGGCCAAACCCUCGACCGGAUGGAUGGCCGUCCUCGGCGACGGGCCCUCUCCUCGUCGGUAGCGGCCUGAACAGCCGAGGGGGUUUCGUCGGCGAGCCGCCACGCCAGCGUCCACCGUCUCCCCUCGGCCCAAAGGAGAGCUGGUGCCAUCGUAUCCUCCCGGCAGCGCACGCCGUCGCUCGUCCGACCGGCAUGGAUGCCACCGCAGCAGCACUGCAGCAGGUGCGGUUAUCUGAUUCCUGAAACUUUCGAAUCCCUCAGUUUUUGCUUCUGGAUUGGAACAUGGACAAGUGCUGAGUAUGAACAAAGGAAUGUAUAGUCACACAGAAUUUUGGUUUCCUAGUUCCAACUGGUGGUGACACUAGCGAUUUGGCCUUGUAAAAAUGAGGCAAUUUUAGUUCGAAUGUAUAUCAUGGUAGGCUGGUAGCACCGUAGCACUGUCUGAAAGAAGCACUCCGGCCACCACCGAAAUAUUGGACUUCUUCUCUGGCACAAUCACCUUGAGAAAUAGACCCACACGGAGCUCUCUUUAUGGUGUGAGCAUGAAGCCACAACAGCAAUGGACACGCUGAGAGGCCGAGUAUUCUACGGGCUUUAUUGUAGCUAUGUGUUCCAUUCUGACGAAGCAACCGCGAGCUCUCUGCAGCACAGGUGUUUGGCGGAAUUUUGCAGGAGGAAAUGUGCCCUUCUGAUGGGGACUUGUUUUGGAGGUGGCCAAUGCAUGUCUAACAAACUACAAAGAUACAAGGUCUAUUUUCAUGUAGUCCAACUACUACUUUCAAAGGAGGGGUCCACUUGCUGGAGCCAUAAGUAAAAAUGUGGCCACCGGCCCCAUUCUCAUCACAGGAACAUUUAAUUUUAGGCAUAAUCCCAGUCAAUGCCAUAUGUGCAAUGCAGAUGAAAGUCAGUGGUAGCUUCCUGGAAAUUUCUAGAUCGCGUCUUGUUUUCUACUGAAAGCCUUUAACCAGAACACUUCUACGUGGCUGUCACAUCAUUGGACUCGUUAAUUAACUGUCAAACUCAGUCUUUCAGCAAGUAUGUGUCCUUGCUAGUGUUUUUGUUCAGAGAGGUGUCCUUGCUCAGUUCUCUGAGAGGAUAUGGCAACAUGGAAUGGUGUGAGUCAGGCGGCCAGUGUUGCGCAGCUAGCAGGGGUGGAUGCAUAUGGGCUGAUCAAGAUGAUUGUGGAGGCGGUGCAGACCGUUAGGAGGAACAAGGAGACCUGCCAGAAGCUCGCACGGCGUGUCAAGAUGAUAGGUGACCUGCUGCAGCAGCUUCAUGAGGCACAGCUGAUGCAACACGGAGAUACGAGGAGCCCGGUAGAGCAGCUGGAGGAAACGCUCCGGCAAGCAUUCAUGCUCAUCACAACCUGUCAGGACAGCAGCUUCAUGUACCACUGCUUCACCGGAGGUAAUCAGGCUUGCCAGUUACGUGAGGUGGAGAAUGAUAUCAUCUUCUACCUCCAGCUUUUUCCGCUCGUGGGAUACGUUGACACCUCCCGCACCUUGCUGCAUUUGAACAGAGGUCAACCUUCACAUACAGAGGGGUAUGCAGAAGCAGAAGAGGCACAGAUACUAGAAAAUGACAAUUCAGGGGGUGCACCUAGGCUUGAAGCUACAGCUGAAACAGUUCAAACAAGACUUCAAGGAGUAAAAAAGAACUCGACAGAUAAUAAAAAACAUUUAAAAGGUAACUCUAGUCUGUUCUAUUAUUUUUCAUGAUUUUAUUGAGAAUAGUUUUGUGUGGUGAAAAGAGGGACGAUAAACAUUUCUCUUUUUAUUUGGCUAUGUAUGGUAAAAUUUGAGCGUAUGCUUACUAUGCAAAUAAUUUUAUUUGGUUAUGUAUGGUAAAAUUUGAGAGUAUGCUUUGUUAAGUACUUCUAUGCUAAAUUGGUGUGUGCUUGUUCUUGUCUAUUCCACACUAAA